GUCUGUGAAGCCUGUACUUCUUAAUCAAAGGUUCUUGGAAUAUAUGACCUAAAUAAGAAUUUCCACCGUAUAUUGCCAUCUGAACAAGUAAGUAACAAGUCUGCCACUUUGUUCUGACCAACUGAGGAAAAAAGCAUUACAAUAAAUCGCGCUAAUGGUGAUUAAGUGUAACAAUCGUUUAGCUCAUAUCACAUCUAACCGGGCAAAUUAGUAUUGUUAUACUUUAUUCUCAAAUUAUUAAUGUUAACAAAAUCAGCAUUGCGUGACUAUGAGUAUAGUGUGUAUUAGCGUGUAGAUUUCAAUUACUGUACAGUCUAAUAUCUAAUUGUCAUGCCAUUCGAAUUUCAUACCAAGAAAUUAUUUUAACCCAAAAAGCAAACUAUGCUCCCUUCGAACUGGUUCUCUUUAAAAUACAAGUCUUGUGUAAUCCCAGGCUAUCUGUAAUCAGAAGCACAUUUAAACCUGGAAUAUAAUUUAAUUUCAUUCACAUGAGUUUCACAUAAUCCUUACAAUCCGCCAACAACAAUUUUUUUUUUACAUUUAAUUAUUCCAGCUGCUGUGAGAAAAGGCUAUAAACGAUCCGUCACCUGCAGGAUCCUCACAUGCGAUAUAGUUACUAGCCUGGAAAACUUAUUUUUGUUUAUAGACGUGACGUAAUGAUGCAGUGCCAUGCUCGAAUUUCCCGCGAAAACCUACCCUUACCACUCAAGUUAGAAUACAUUAUUAUAAGAUAACCGCUGUGAAUCGGGCUAAAGUAAGGCGAUAGUUUUGAACACUGGCUGGUUAUGUACUUGCUCAAAUAUUUAUUUUGGACAUUUUUUUUAAAGAAGUUAUGGACUGCAGCUUUAAAUUAAUGACAGAAAAAUUAGGAAUGGUUGACAAUAAAUAUAUAACAGGAAUAUAACAGCCUGACAGUAAACUGUUUUUGCAGUAUUGUCUUAUAUUAAUGUCCAUUAAAGGAAGACUGAAAAAACAAACAAACAAACAGGUACAGCCACUUUCUCCAAAGUUGUUUAAUUAGGCUAUUAUGACAGAGACACAGCAAUGCAUCAUGUUCUAAUCUAGAUCAUCAUGUUUGUAGUGUGUUCCAGGGGAUUAAAAUGUACAAUAUAUAUUUCAGACCUAGUGGAGUAAUAGUAAAUAAUAAUAUAGUAAUUGUAAAUGUGUAAAGUUGCAUAAGCUCAUUACUAGACAUAUCCAUAUAAAUCAUUAUUAUGUUUUCUAUGGACCUGCAGUUAAGAAAUUAAGUUUACUACUAGACUAAAUACAGUUAAAAGCCCUAUUCGGACGGGACUAGUUUUACAGGGGGUCGUUAGAGAAAUGUGUGUUUCACAGACGUACUUGGUGAUUUUAAUCCCGUCCGAAUCUGCCAUGUCUGUGUUUUUCUCACACAACCUCUGUAAUAAUUCCAGAGCAAAUUACCUACUGUUUUUCAGCAAACUCAGUGAUCCUCUGAGAAAACUAAUCCCGUCCGAAUGCGAUGUCUGUGAUUGCCGGUGAGAUUUUUUUUCACAACGCGUUUCCUUGUGUGUUUUGGCCAACGUGAAUUACCAUAGACACUCUUACCGCGCUCAUGUUUGAUAUAUUUGCCUCCCGGCAAGGAAAAAAUAAGUAAAUAAAUUACAAAAAUGAAUAAAAGCAAGAGUCAGAUUACGUAAACCAUUCAGGCUGGCUAUUGUAAUAUCUGCAUCAGUUGUGGAUGAAAUGUCAGAGAUGUCGCUGAGGAACACAUCUCUCGACUCAUCCGAUGAGGAAGGUUCCUCCAGUCACACUGACAGGCUUGUGGAACACCAACUGCUGCUGAACAAAAUCUCGGACCUUCAGUACAGAGCCCGAGAGCGCCAGGAGGAGUUUCAGUCACUGCUGGAGCGAUUUAACUCUAUACAGGAAUCGCUACAAUGGGAGAUUGAAAAAGUGGAGAAAUCCAUGGUCAACAUGGAGUGGCUGGAGGACUUGCAGAAGACCAUCGACGAGUUCCAGGCCAAUAUGGCUUACAACGUGAGCCGCCUUCGAGAGAACUUCAGAAAAAUGCAGGAGGUUGCAUCUAAAAAAGUUCUGAGUGUAAAGACAAAAGGUAAACCAGGAAAAGAUCUGGAUGCCAAAGUAGUUAAAAGCAUCCAGUCUCUGCCGUCUUGUCCCACGGUAGCAGAAUUGAAGGCAAAUUCAACCGCUGCAUCAACGUACUCAUCAAACCUGGUCAACGUGUUGAAUAGCAUCACCAAAUCGACCUCCUGCAGUCCAGCCACGAGCAAGGCACUAAAACUAUCAGCAGCGACCAUUGAAAACCUCUACAAGGCUUUUCAAGAUCACUGCUUGGAAAUGAAGACUCUUAAGACACCUCAGAAAGAGAGCAAGGUGGCUCAAGAUGUGAACAGAGACGUCUUUGUUUCUCCUGUGCACCAAAAUGGAUCUGCAGUUCAGCAGCAGAAGGUGCAAAAAUUGCCUGCCUUUCCUGUGAAACCCAAGGCAGAUGAUUUUGCUUUCCCUCAGGUCAAAGAGCCUGUUGAAGUGUUGCCACUAGAAAGACCAGUGGCAACAUCAGACACAGCUUCAAAAGACCUCCAGAAGAGUCCAUCUGCUGAUGGCCCAUUUCCUCCUGCCCCUGCCAGGACUUUUGCUCUCCCCAAGAUCACACGAUCUGUCGAGGAGACAAAAGUUUCCAUAGAGCAAAAAGCAAACGUCACAUCAUUUGAAGAGACACAAGUUGAUGCAGAGACAAUGGAGAGAGCAGAGACAUCAUUUGAAGAGACGAUGGUUCAGAAAGACCUCCAGAGUGCAUCUCCUCAGAACUUCCAUCGUCCGUCCCCCAUCAGAUCUUCUGCUCUUCCUCAGAUUUCGCAGUCUGUGGAGGAAGCAAAAAUUGAUGCAGAGACGAUGGAGAGAACAGAGACAUCAUUUGAAGAGACGAUGGUUCAGAAAGACCUCCAGAGUCCAUUUCAUCGUAGCUUCCAUCGUCCUUCCCCCAUCAGAUCUUCAGCUCUUCCUCAGAUUGCGCAGUCUGUGGAGGAAGCAAAAAUUGAUGCAGAGACGAUGGAGAGAACAGAGACAUCAUUUGAAGAGACGAUGGUUCAGAAAGACCUCCAGAGUCCAUUUCAUCGUAGCUUCCAUCGUCCGUCCCUCGUCAGAUCUUCAGCUCUUCCUCAGAUUUCACAGUCUGUAGAGAAGACAAAAGUUUAUGCUAUGCCAGUGGAAGAACGCCAGAGUCUGUCUUCUGUCCACACCUGUCCUUCCUCGUCUGUGAAAUUGCCCAAAAUUCAGAUUCAAGUAAAGCCAUCACUUCAGAAGCCAGACACUCGCAAAUAUGAUUCUGCAGUCUCGGGCAGCUUCGAGGAGCAGUACAUGAAGAACAGCGUGGAGGACGGUGACAAACUGCUUCACGCAAGCAUGAAAGACCCAUCAUUCGUAAUUGACAUCAAAGCUCAAGAAAACAACCUCCAGCAGCUGGAUCGAGCUUUUCAAAAUAACAACAUUUCCUCUGAAAUGUACAACCUGUGCAGAGGAACCGUCAGUCAGACACUUAAGAGUGUUGAGCUGCGUCUUGGAUGUCUUAUACGGAGAUACAUCAAACAUGUCCAAAUGAAGCAAUUAAGGAAGACGCUCGAUGGAAAUUUCAAGGCGACCAGAAAUUUAAGGGACGGACUGGAGUUCAAAAAAGUUCAUUCUCAGCUCUGCAAAUUUGACCGUUUCCAGCAGAUUGUGAACAAAAUCUGGGACGCCAAGCAAGCAUCCACUGAUGAGACACGCAGACUGUGCAUCGCACGGACGGCCCAUUUAUACCAACAGGUGAAUGCGGUGCAUGGCCUACAUCUGACAGGCAUAUCAUGUGUGCAAAGGCAUGUAUCUCUGCCUCUGCUCACUGUGACACCUGUGCGGUUCAGCUCUGAUUUGUGUCCGUCUCCUCCUCGGCAACCGCAUACUGCACCCAGCGGAGCCAGUCCAGCGCACCAUCCUCAAAUCAACCCGAAAGCCCGGAACAUACCAGGCACUUCCCUGAAGAUCAGUCACAUAAUUCGAUGUUGAUGGCCAGUGUCAACAUGUAAUGUGUAGAAUAACGGCUUGUAAAUCAACCCAAGAACAGAUUAUUGAAAUGACACAAAAGCGAGGACUCUGGAGGCUUCGGAUCAGGAACGGACUGAACAGCAACUGAAACAGAAACACUGGCCUGCACUGUAAAAAGUGAUAAGUUGACUUAACUUGAAAAAAUUGAGGAAACACGUUGCCUUAAAAUUAUUAAGUAAAUAAUAAUAAU